UUGUGCACUUGUAACAUAAGAGUUGGUCAAAGUGGAAUAAAUGGACUAUGCACUGUGUCCGGAGGACGAUGGAUCAGGAUGUGUCUGCACAGCUGUGUUUGCUGGCUUGUUUCAUUCUGACUGUGGACUUGACUUUGGGUUUGGGGUCAAAUCAAGACAUGCAAUUUACAUUUCUGUUACCUGCUGGCAGCACUGAGUGUUUUUACCAAACCACCAUGAGUAACGACAGCAUGGAAGUUGAAUACCAGGUGAUAGCCGGGUCAGGCCUGGAUGUCGGCUUUGCCCUCAUCUCACCCAGCGGACACCGAUUGGUCUCUGACUUCAGGAAAUCUGACGGCAUGCACAUGGUGGAUCCCACAGAGGAUGGAGACUACCGGCUGUGUUUCGACAACAGCUUCAGUAAGCUGUCAGAGAAGAUGGUGUUUUUUGAGGUGAUCAUUAACAGUCAGAGCAGCACAGGUAGAGGCAGAGAGGAGUGGGCAGACAUGGCCGCCACAGAGGGCAUGGCGGAGUACAAACUGGAGGACAUCAGGGCCAGGAUGGAGUUUGUUUACCAGCAACUGGAGAGGAGCCGCCAGGUCCAGACUGUGCUGCGGGCCUUUGAGGCGAGGGACCGCUACCUUCUGGAGGACAACCUGUGGCGGGUGUCCUUCUGGUCCUGCCUCAACCUGCUUGUCAUGCUCACUGUGGCCGUCACACAGAUCUACACCCUGCGGCGCCUCUUUGACGACACCAAGCGGACCCGCACAUAGAGGCAACAGAACUGUUUGUUUAAGCUCCAGCCAACAGAGUGCAGAGAGUGUGUUUUGCACUAAACCCUCCACUAACAUGGGCCCUGUGAGCUGAAUUUAAAAGGAUAGUUCACACUUUUGAUUCAUCAUGCACUGGGAACUUUUUAUUUGUAGGCACAAAGUGCUUGGUUGAAUCUUUUAUGAAUUCCAGUUAUACACACAGACACAUGCACACACACACACACACAUUACCCUCAGCACUGAUAUUUGUUUAUAGUGUCAGCUAGAAAACCGAAGCUGUUCUCACUGUAAUGUUGUUUUAUUGAAUUUCAGUUAUUACAUUUUACAUUGUCAUUUAUGCUUUAUCAAACCAGAAGCUAUAGCAAAACCAAAUAAUAUUAGAAACCUUGCCUCAUACAGUAAAAAAAGAUUUUUUCUUUGGAUGCAAUUGCACUUUGUGGUUAAGAACAUACAUAACGCAGUAGACAAGAUUUAUUGUGCAUUCAGAUCACUACCACUCUUUUGUCUCACACUAGGCCUAUUGUGGAACUUGCUGGGACCGCUCAGCUUCCUGAGCCAUCGUUUACAUUUUUUUGUCAUAAAUCAAGCACUUGAAAGGCAUUUUUCUUUGUCAUCACAGAACAGAUGCUCCAAUAAUAAAUUCUCAUGUUGACAUGCUCCUGUCUUGGCUCUGUAUCAGGUCAUUUAUCCCUGAAAGUUAACGCAUCUUCGUCUUCUGGGGAACUUUGUGGUAAAGGAAAUGGGAACUAUCUGCAUUGGAUUUAUGUGUUAAAUUAUAGUUCACUUUAGUGCUAAGAACUACUGUAUAUAACAUUCACUAUAGGAAAAAAUAACUUACUUUGGUUUAAUGCCUCAGUAAUUAAUAAUGCACAUCUCACUGACAGUACUGAAGUGGGCCUGUAACAACAUUGCUGGAGUUUUUUUGAGUGAAUUUGAAAUAAGAUAUGUAGUUCUGCUGUAGUCCUGCUGUUGUCAUGGAUCGAAGUCAUUUCGCGUCCACUGCGAGCCGGUCGAGGUCACCACUGGUUUCGGCGGGGGGGCGGGCGCCUGUUCAGGAACAAUCAGCCAAUGUUAAUGUCUUAACCAUGCACUCUGACAGGUAACGCUACAGGAUCCAGUCAUCAGAGCAGCAAGGGCAAUUGUAAUGAGGCCGUCUCUGUUAGUGAGAGGGCUUAGAGAGACCAUCCACAACUCUCCCUGG